CCUGGAUUCAAAUAGGACUAAAACUAUGAUAGUUGUUACCAUUGUUGUAGCUUUGGUGGCCAUCUUAAAUGGAGUUUACUUCAAAAAUGACUUUCUGACAGUUGGGUGAGAAGAAACAUCACCAGGCCGUUGAGCUCAAACAUUCUUCUUUUUUCUCUUUGAGGAAAGAAUUAGAACAGUGUGUGUGUGUGUGUGUGUGUGUGGGUGAGGAGGAGGGGACUGAGACAUUGUGGGUAUAACUCAGGAUGCAGCAACAGCAGCCUUCCUGCCACGGAUGGAGUAAAAAGAGAGAAACCCUCCUCCCACCCUGAGCGCCACCUGCAUGCAAAGGGAGCAGCUCUGUGUGGAACAAGCUGCUGUCCCUGACUUGACUUUGCGCGGUUGGUUUUCCUCCAAAUAAUCCCAUUUCUAAUCCCAAACAAGUCGUCACGGCGGCGGCGUCGAUCCAGAGGAGCUCACACAGGUGACGACUGGCUCCCUAACUUCCCUGCACCGUCUGUGAUGAGCGCGUUUUCUCUCCGCUCCUCCUCAGACGUGACAUUCCGCUGCGCCGCCGCGGAUCCAUGACGCAUCAUCUGCGCCUUUUGGGUUUCUCCGUCAGCCGCGAGGAGUGAGCGAGCCGUUUCCCCCCCCCACCCCCUCUUCUUCCCGACAAGUUUCCGUGCUGAUCAUGUUCCUCGUGACCGCCCGGGUUAACCUGCGUGGCGCCACGGACCAGAAGCCCCGCACCAGGGCAGAAGUUGCCCGGGAAUAAGGAGUGCGCAGAGAGCGGGAGAGAGGACCGGGAACAGAAGUGACAGCGGCUGAAUUCACUACCAGCAUCAUCAGCAUCAUCUGCCUGCGCGAGGAAUAAAAUAAAAAUAAACAAAUAAAUAAACUGCGGAGGGGGGACUGCUGCUGCUGCCCACUCCUCUCCAUCAAUCCUCAAACCCGCAGCUGCGUAAACUUGGCCACAUUUUUGGUGACUCUGCCCGCUCGUGUGAGCUGAGCAGCCCGGAUGGAUCUGCAGCUCAUGGAGGGAAUCUAAAAAAGCCACAACUUAAAGAAAAGAAGAAGAAGAAAGGAGGGAUUAGCAGCAGUGCCUGUCCUGUUCUAACCUCAAAAUGGAUGCCCACGGCAGGCUUUGGGGACGCCACUGGAUAAGCCGCUGAUCUGUUUGACAUCUGAGCGUUUAAAGUUGGGAUAAUCUGAAGGACUGAAGGUGUGCAGGGAUGCAGUCUGGAGCCAAGACGCUCUCGGCAGGUGGAGGUGCGUCACUCUGCUGCCUCCUUCUCCUCUGGCUCAUCUACUCGCAUCUGCUCAGAGAGGGCCAGUUGGCGGUGGGAACCUGUGAGAUAGUGAUGCUCAACAGAGACAGCAGCGUUCCCAGACGGACAAUCGCCAGGCAGACUGCCCGCUGCGCCUGCCGGAGAGGCCAGAUCGCCGGCACCACCAGGGCGAGACCGGCCUGCGUAGACGCUCGAAUAGUGCGGAGUCGUCAGUGGUGUGAGAUGGCUCCCUGCCUGGAGGGGGAGGUCUGCAGCCUCCUGUUCAACAGAUCCGGCUGGACCUGCACCAGGGGCAGCGGUCGCAUCAAGACCGUCACGCCUUUGCCCAAGGAGCCGUCGUAGGAUGCAGAGGAAAACAGCAAGCUCGUUGACGUCCCUUUUUUAUAUUAAAAACAAAAACACAAAAAAAAAACAAAGGAGGCCAGUCACCACACCUGAACAUUGUGUCCAUUCACACACGAGCGCCUCUGAUUUACACAAGGACUGACUCUCAAUAAGGACAAAAAAAUAAAAAAUAAAUAAAUCACCCACAGAUCCUUCAGUCAUCACAGCAAAACAAAAAAUAUCAUCUGGCCGGAACUUCUGAGAACUUUUCGAAGCGUUGAAGAAGAAACGUUUCGACGUUGAACUUUCACCACCAAAUUUCUGGCUUCAUCGUUGAACACGAGCGCUGUGAGGAGCAGUUACCAAUGGAAGAGGCAGAGUCAUCUUCAUUACAGUAACUGGCUUUUUGUGUCUUUUUUUUUAUUUUGGUCACUGCCUGAUCUCUAAAAGAAACCUCCUUGAAGAUUUUUUUUUUUCUAACGUUUGGACCUGAUUUAAACUCAUAAGAAGAUUUUUCAAAAGUCGGCCCCCCAUUUUAUCUUCUUUACGAUCACAGCUAUGAAGCCGCUCGGGCUCAUAAUCCAGACAAGUUUCUUUAACGACAGUUUGCUGCUAAAGAGUUGUGACUUUACUUGUGACUUUACUGAGACUGAGCCAGACUAUAUCAUCUAUCAACUUCUAGAUUUUUUUUUUCUCUGAUUUAACUGGGUGAAACUUUAUGAGGCUGAGGCCACCUAAAUCUCUGCAGAGAUGUUCUGGGAGGGUUUUGAGAUGAAAACUGAAAAUCACACAAAAGACAGAACGAAUCUGCAGUUUUUUUUUCUUUUUUCGUGACAAUAAUGACAGUAAAAAAACUUGAACAUUUUGGAUGACUCCGCUUAUAUCUUCUGUUCGGUAUGUGGUGCCAACAUAGACUAUAGGAGUGGUUUCUUGUUCUUGUUCACACCACAGGGAGCAUUUAGCAGAUGUGGACUCCUGGCUCAUUUUUGUGUGUGUUUUAUUUGUGAGUGUGUGAGAGCUCAUCCAGAGACACACUGUGAAGUAAGUCUCAUCCAAUGCAUUAUUCAUCCUCUUGUAUAUUUUUGGGACACGCUCAGACCAGAGCUCACAGUCUGGCAAAGAAAAAAACAUUUGGGAUUUUACAGAUGUUGGAUCUCAUGUGGCUUACCUUUCGAUUUUCUUUUUCCUUUUAUUCAGUGUUUAGAGAUAUUUAUAUUGGAGCAAAAAAACAUUAAAAAUACUGAAAAGUGGAAAAUAUCACAUUAUGUCACAUAGGUUAAAUUCUGUAAUUAAACUCUAUUCAUCUGUAA